GCAAACGCAAGGUGCUUGCAGCGACCGCUCACGCGACAAAGCAACGGCCUUGGUGGCCCGAGCGGACGGGACAGAGCAGCGCUGAGGGAUGGACAAAUGGGCCCCCCUCGAGCCUGUCAAGGCGCCGGGCGGGAACAAGCGGUUCUCGCUCAACAGCGCCAUCUCGAGCGUCACCGCAAGCCGCAGCUCCUACGCCCCAGCAUCGUCUGGCAGCCUCGGCUUUGCGAAUCUAGGCUCUCCUGGCUCGGUAAAUUCAAGCAGCCGCUAUGAUGAGCCAGGAUCUUCAAAUGGAAGGGGCGCCGAGAGAGGUACGACGACAUUGAUCAACGAUGCCUACCCGGUAGGCAGGCUACCAUCGAACGUUGCGCAUCGUAUCCUCUCCUUCGUCACCCUUCCAACGCUAGUCAGCUGCGCAGCUGCGAGUAGAAAUUUUUGUCGGGUUGCAGCCGAUGAGAGUGUGUGGAAAGAGAGGCAAGAAGCAUUGGACUGGCACCAUGUUGAUGGACUUCGAGACCCACUUGAGAUUUCUGAAGCACAGGCGGAAGAAGCGAGGGAGCAACAUGCAAACGUGCAAGCUGAACAAGAAGCUGCUUACACGGAGGGGGUUAACAUUCCGCAAAACGAAGCAAAAUCCUCAGGCUUGAAGACGCCGCUGUAUGCUUGCGUGCAAGUGGCGUCGUCGGACGAUGACUUUGGAGAUUUCACCGCAGCUGUCGGCAACGCUGCCGGCAACGACUCCUUUAGUGAAUUCUUGCCUGCGAACACCCCCUCCCGUGCGAUGGGAAAGUCUUUCGGCGGGGGUAGUGGCAGUUCGUUGGCAAACCGAUUUUCCAGCGUUUCAAUAGCGGGGCAAAAUGGGCAUAUUCAGACACUAGCUCAUCCGCCUGGAAGCGCCCGGCUUGUCCCCUCUUUCACUCCGCUCACACCGAAUCCAAAUUCAAAAUUCAGCUCUCAACCGAAGACGGCGCCCGCAAAUAGAGCAGUGUUCUCUUUCAACGCCGAGUCUCAACUUCCGCAAUUCUUGGAAAGCCGCUCUUAUCGCAUGUUUCGCGCCCGAGUCAAGCAAAUGCGGCCAUACAUCGUCUCUUUCCUGUCCAAUACUUCUCCUACCCAUUCUUUACUUUUCACAGAAGCAGUCAUGGGACUAACUUCUCAACCUGCACUGCUUGGGAACAUCCUACGGUUUGUCUCGGCACCAUGCCUGGGGACAUCGCUGCCAAUAGCCGACAAAUUGUGGCCGAAGCUCACAGACGCCGCCUCGUACCUCCACGGUAUCCUGCUGCCCGCAUUCGAAGGUGCCGAGGCGCGAAGAGCAGAUGCUGUACGUGCAGGGAAGCUUUCCGGCGCAGAGCACACCAAGCGUGCCGUUGAGCGUGCAGAGAAGGACAUGAAGCAGCACGCUGGUGCCAUCUGGCAGCUCGGCCAAGCGCUCGAAGCUGGGAACCCAGGCGAGCAGUUUUUAGACUUAGAAGCGCGCCUGGAUGGCUCUGCACCGCAUUCAGCGGAAGGUAACAUGUUUGUCAUCUCCGGCUCGCCGCCGAGAGCGGGUAUAGGUUCGCGAUCGACACCCCUUGAAAACAUCAGUAUCAGUGCUGCUCAGGUUUUCCUUGAGAAGCGGGACAUAUUCGAAGGGAGAAUGAACUACAAUCCAUCAGACAACUUUGUCGGCCAAGGUCCGAAUGUCAGACUCGAUUUUACGCCCAUGGAUCGAUUCAUGAGCGACGUGCUGGAGACGGUGCGCACGGAUGGGUCUCUCAUUGCUAGAGUGUUUCCGCCCGAGCAGGAUGUCGUACUUGCUUUUGCGGACAGGGUAGCAGGCGAGGUGAUCGCGGAUUACGUCGCCCCAUUGCUGGAUCAAGCAAAAUCGAAUUCGGUUCAUACUUACGUACGGGCAUGUGCUGCAACUUUUGCACAAGCUUUGCGACUGGCGGACGCGCUGCAAGAAGUGCAGCCUACGAGUCCACAACUUAGCAAAGAUCGCUGCGAAGACGUCGUCUAUCGCGUUUGGGAACCGAAUAUGGACGAGUACCUCAGGCAAGAGCGGCAGUGGGUCAAGAGCCAAAUGUCAGAAGUAUGCGAAUCGUGGACAUGUAGCGUGAAGAAUGAGGCUGUUGCAACGCAAGUCGACGCCGCAUUUCUGGCUUCACAUAACCCCGCUGCUGUCAAGCGCAACUUCCUGACGGGCUUCAAAGACGUUUUGCUCGCACCGGUCGUUGUCGUUCCGAGAGCGGCAGUCUACGUCGGCGGCGCAGCUAUAAGGAGCGCAGGGACAGGCCUUGCACAGCUCAAUCCAAUGCGCUGGCAGUCUGGCAGUGCUUCUGCAAAAGGAACAGGAACGCCACUUGCAGACUCGCAGCCGUCAACGCCGAACCCUCACCAAACAGAUUGGGUCAGCGGGAGCGGCCUCAGCGAAAAGGGCUAUGUGGCCUUCUCUGCCGAUGGUGUGCCGAUGACGACAAAUGGCAAAGAGGAGGCGGAUGGACUGGACGAGAAAUGUCCGUCGGCGUUUGACGUUUCAGGUGAUGGUUGGAAGGUGGCGACAGCACCUUCGAAGCUAGAGCCUUACAGCAAGCGAAGCUCAACCAUCGGCUCCGAUCGAGGAUCACGAGUCGGAACGCCCCAGCCAGGUGGAGGAAGCAAGGCUCGAUUCGCGCGUAUGCAGCUUCUUUUGUCCCUGGACACGGCACUGCAACUGAUCCAGAUCAACAGGGAUUGCCUACGGCGGAUAGAGACGUUCGCCAAUUAUCCAGACGAGUUUGGUCACCGCGUCAAACAAGAAAUUGAUGACAUUUCCAUGUCCGUCUUCCAGUACCUCGGCGAGCAUCACGUCGUCUCCGGCUUCCAAGAGGCGAAGAAGCAGAUCGAAGAGUGGAAGCCAGCCGAACACGAGCAAGACCCCGAAACACACGUCGCGCCGCUUGUGCACUUCUUUGAGCUGACGCAUGUCGGUGACACGAUCCAGCAGAUGGUGCAGGUCUAUUAUGACCAAGAGCUUUCCCGCCACAUUGACCGGACGGAUUUCUUAAAUCCGGUCGUACGCGAGAAGAAGCGCUUCGAGGCAGCACUGGAUGAAAAUGUUGCCUCGGGCUUGAAUGCCGGCGUCGAUCUGCUGAUGGGACAGGUGGAACACAUUAUCACGACGAUGCAGAAUCCUCGCGACUACUAUCCGCUGCCUGGCUCGGACAUGGAUCUGGGCAGUCCGACGAGAGCGUGCGCCGAGUGUGUGCGGUGUUUGCGGACGCAUUGCAAGAUGCUAGCAGGGAGCACGGAUAAGAACGUCCUAGAAGUGUUCUAUCAGGAGGUAGGCCUGCGCCUAUAUUCGAUCAUCGCCAAGCACCUCAAGCGGCAAAUUAUCAGCCUGGAAGGUGGGUUCAAGGUGAUAGCCGACAUUAAUGCGUAUCACGCAUUCAUCGCGAGCCUCAAGCAGCCCAGCGUUGUGGUCCUAUUUGACGGCCUUAAGAUGCUCGGCAACAUCUAUAUUAUCGAUUGCAGCAAGGAAAGCGGCGGCAAGGAGCUCGGUACGAUCAUUCGAGAUGCGAACAUGUUCAGCGGGACGCUGAGUCCAGAGGAUUUGUAUGAAUUUUUACAUGCUCGCUGCGACUUUAAGAGCAUUGAGAGUGUGAUUGACAAGGAGCUCUAUGGCUUCAAGGUGCGCGAAGAUUGCAUCGUUUCGUAGCACCUGAUGCUCGUGGAGCGUAUUGUACUGCAAAUUGCGAUGCGCUGAAGCGCAGUCAAGGGUCCACAUUUAAUGGAGAAUCAUGUCGCUG